CUGCUGACAGAUAAUAAAUACAGAUACUGUCUGCAGAGCGACUUUCACAAGUAAAACGUCGCUUCAUCUAAUCUACCAGAAGCUCAUUAAGUAUCUCACCGAACAACAUGAGCAGAUCUACAGACUGGGUUCCUUCCUUGUGGAUGGACACCUUUGAGGAAUUGCUGUACGAUGACAAUGAGCUGGACUAUGGAGACCAGUGGAAUCUUACCUUUAACUACAACCAGACAAACAUCGUCACCAAGGAGGAGAGGAAGAGAGGCUGGAAGAUCUACAGCCACUGUGCCUAUGGACAUUUUCAGUGUGCAUCCUGCAACAAGAUCUGGCCUUCAGCACGGGUGGUGGUGUUGUUCCGUUACCGGCUGCGGGGUGACCGUGGGACAGUCAUCAUGCGGCCCUUUGGACAGGCCUGUCGCCGUUGCCAAGACGAUGAGUUUGACCUCCCCGGUUUUUCCAAGAAAGAGGUGGAAGAAGCCUUGCUCAGGCUGUUUAGCAAAAUCCGGAAGAAUUGCUACGACGAUGAGGAGGACGACAAUGAUGGCUCAUCAGCAAGCUCUACUAAGGUUUGGACCAAACCUCAUGAGGCGUCCCUGUGUCAGGCUUGCAUUAUGGGCAUCUGCUGUCAAGAUGAUUAGAAGUGUGUGUGUAUGUGUGUGUGUCUGUGUGUGUAUGUGUGAGAGAGAGAGAGAGCGAAAACGAUACAGAGAGAUGUCAUGUGUUAUUAGCUGAGAUGCUCCUUUGCAUUCUGCACCUUUUUUACCUUUAAAGACCAAUAAUAAGAUUGUUCCAGUAAAUACAUACAUUUGUAAAAUUGUAUAUCAUUUGUGUCUUGUCACUAUUAAUAAAGUCUUAAGUCUGACCA